AUGGAUAAAAUAUUUUCCUCUGAAGAAGAUGAUGAAGUUGUUCAUAUUAAAGAAAAUACAACAACUGAAACAGACACAACAGAACAAACUAAACAAAAAAAAGAAAUUAUCAACCGAGAUGUAUUUUGGACUGGAAUAGAUACUAAUGAAAUUGGAAAUGAGUCUACAAAAAUAAAUCAAAACAAAGAGGUUGAUGAAUUUCUUAGUGCAUUUACUGUGGUAAAACAAGAAGAAGAUAAUAAAAAACCCCACAUCCCAAGUUCUCUUCAAAAGUUAAAUGAAUUGUCUAAAGGAUAUAGAACUAAAAGAAAUGAGUUUAUAAGUAAUGAAGACCUUUAUGCAGAAUGUUAUCCACAAUAUGGUAAAGGAGAGUUUGCACGGAUAGAUGAUAAAUCAGGACAAGUUAUUCAUGAGUCUAUUGAUUUAGAUAAAUUUGAGUUAGAUAAAAAUAAAAGAAAAAAGAAAGUAAAGAAAGAUGAAUGGGGUUCUAUCCAACAAAAAUUAAAAGAAGGAUAUGGUGAAUAUAUUAAUGAUGAACAAGACUAA